CUCAAUAACCGGAAGUCCCGCCUCUCAACCUGUGUCCUGACCCUCCAGAGCGGAGUUAUGCGAGAAGUUAGCUGGAAUAUGUUUUAGCGUUUACAUCGUAAUCACUUUAUACGUUUCAUUAAUUUAUAACUUUGUCAUUAUAAUUACAGUGGAGCAAUGGAUUUUAAUAGAAUGCAGCCAUUCCGAACCUAUAGAAACGGAGUCUCAAGUGAUCCAUAUGAUUACCAAGAUGAAGUUGAUGGCAGUAAUCCGGUGGCCCUUGCUUCAAGGACAAUGUACGAUUAUUUCGAUCUAUUCUACAGCCAACGAGAAUUGAUGGCAGAGACCGAAGACAGUGAUGAUGAAUGGUUAACAAAGCAGUUAGAAAUCUCAGAAAAGGCAGAAAGAAAGCGGCUGAAGAAACAGAAACGGAAGGAAAGAAAGCGACAAGAGAAAAUGGAGAAGGAAAAAGAGAACACCGUUACAAGUGGUUUGCAGCAAUCCACUGCGGAGGAGAAUUUGGCGGCUGGCGACAAAUCGCAAGACGGUGCGGAGGCUCAAUUUGAAGUCGGAGCGGAAGCAGGCACGCUAUCUGAGGCAAGUGAUGAAAGCCAUUCCGAGGAUGGUUGCAACCAGGUUUUAAAAGAACUGGAUUUGACAAGUUGUUUUGUGAGUCAAGCGGCCCAAAGAAUUCAGCAUAAAUGUGGUGCCAAGUCCAAACCUGAGAAGGAGAAAAAGAAGUCGCCCAACCAAGCACAACUCCCCAAAGAAUCUCACAAUGACAUCAAGAAGGAGGUUUCUCCUGACCGCUCGGUGCUGACCGAUCAUGUUGAAAUAAGCAACGGUCUCGCAACUCAGGGGAAUCAAUGCGCUCGUGAUGGACGUUAUGAUUUAGCGGUGGAUUUUUUUACCCAAGCCAUCCAGUACAAUCCUACGGAAAUGAGGUUGUUUGGAAAUCGAGCGUUCUGUUUGGAGAAGUUGCAGGACUAUGAGAAGGCCCUGGCUGACGCCGAGUUAUGCCUCAAGAUGUCCCCGUGCUGGAUUAAAGGCCUCUUUCGCAAGGGGCGGGCUUUAGCCGGUUUGAAGAGAUAUGAGGAGGCGGCGCAAGCCUUCCAGGGGGUUCUCAAGCUGGAUCCCUCUUGUGCUGAGGCGGCUCAGGAAAUGAUGCAAACGCAGAUACUGGAGCUGAUGGAGUACGGAUUCACGCGGGACCAGAGUUCAAAUGCCUUAAUUAUACACGGGACGGUGAAGAAGGCACGCGAGGUGCUGUCUGCAUUAAAGCCCCAAAUCCAAGCUCCCCAAGUGCUGGCAGCUCCAGAAACCCCCAUGAAGACCAGACACCCCGGGGCGGUCCACAGCGCCUUCAACAGCCAAAGUCAAGAGGAUUGUCAGCCGGAACUGUUUCCAGUGUGGGUGGGCAAUGUGGACUCAAUGGUAACGGAAGAGCUGCUGUUCAACAUGUUCAGCAAUGCGGGUUCAGUUCACAGCGUCAAGCUCCUGCUCAAGCAACGCUGUGCCUUCGUCAACUUUACGCAACAGGAAGGCUGUGACAAAGCCAUUCGAUUGUUUCACAACUUCAAACUGAUGGGGAACUGGAUCAUUGUUCGAUACCCCGACAGAAUCCCCGCCUUCGGGCGCUUCUCCAAGGCGGCCCUCCGCAGUGACAAUUUCCAGCAGAAUUCAAACGGAAGCGGCGUCAUGUGCUCCAACAGACAACAAAAGAAGGAAGGCCUUUUAAAAAAACAAUAAUGUUCCUUCUGCUGUUUAGUUUGUUUGGUUUAAUGUUCCUUCUGCUGUUUAGUUUGUUUGGUUUAGUUUUUCUUUUGAAAUGUUUCCAUUUGAAGUAUGACGACUGUCUUUUUAUUCGUUUGCUGUUUUAAUAAAAAUUGCAUUAAGGGA